AGUAUCGACUAGGGGACCAGUCGAAAUAAAUAAGUGGCCGAAAGCAAACAUCUGUCGGGACGUGUUCACUUGGAAAGACAGUACAAGGUAUAGCAACUUUACUUAUUGGUUUGUAAUAACUUUUUAUUAAUAACUGAUGUUUGGCUACAUUGAUUCGUAUUUAAAAAUCAGUGUUUUAUUUAAAUUUCUUGAGCGAAAAUAGAUAUAUCUCCUGGCCUAUCCUAGUGCUUUACCUUUAGUAAUGAAAUAUGCCUUUGAAACUACCUUAAACCUGUGACAAUGAAUUUAGUGUAACUCGCUUUCAACCCAGAUUUAAGUCACACACUUUUCCUUUCCAUCAAUCGAAAAACAUAUAUCUAAUGAAUGUAUAAAACAUUCUGGAACUUUUUUGAAAUAAUUAAUUAACUUUGAACAUAUUAUAUAGAUGGAUUCUUAUGAAAGUCAGCCUGAUGCACCUGGAAGUACUCGCCUAUUUAUGUGGUGGGUGCUUGUUGCCCAAGUUUUUGGAUUAACAUCGGUUAUUCUAGUGGCAGUUUGGAUGGGUCAUUAUAGAGGUGGAUUUGCGUGGCAGGGCGAUCCAACUCAUCAAUUCAAUUAUCAUCCCCUAUUCAUGGUAAUUGGUAUGAUUUUCUUGUAUGGUGAUGGAUUAAAGGCUGUUUUCGAUUCGCACAAUCUAAAAAAAAAACCUGACCCUAAUCUGUAUUCUUUACACUCUUGGGUCGGUCUGAUGACUAUUAUAUUCUUCGGUUUCCAAUGGGUAGCCGGCUUUGUGACGUUUCUCUGGCCUGGACUAGCUCUGAGACUAAAGAACAUUUAUAAACCAAUUCAUGUUUUCUGGGGAAUUCUUAUCUACGCUUUCGCACUUGCUGCCGCUAUGAUGGGAAUAGUCGAGAAAGCUCUAUUUUCCAAAGAUUUAAAGUACAACAAAUUCGAGUCGGAAGGAAUAUUGAUUAAUUUUCUUGGAAUCUUCCUAUUGGCGUUUGGAGGAAUCGUCGUCUAUCUUGUAACCAAUCCAUCUUGGAAGAGACAACAGUUUCCUGAAGAACAGCAUUUAACCCUAAACGAUUAA